AUGUUUAAACCGUGGCGGAAAAUAGAAGAUCUUAAAGACGGAUGUGAUACAUAUACAAAAGCAUUUCACAAGGAAAAGUUAUAUCUUACGGAAGCAUUGCAAUAUCAUGAAAAAUUAGAGGAAGUGCAAAAAGCAUUUGAAACUGCGAAGCAAUUAGUUGAACAAUAUUUAGAUAAUUUGGAAAAACAGCAUGAGUCUCAAGAUGAUCCCGAUAAUCCAAUAGGUGUUCAAAAUAUUGAGGCUGGUGAAGCGAUGCAAGAUUUUAAGGAUCUUGGUGACAAAUUAAAUCAGGAAAUCAAUGUAUCUGAAAUGAUUUCUAAUCUGAACGCAGAUCAAAGAAGAAUAUUUGACAGAGUCAUCAACGCCGUAAAGAUAUCGCCGGAUGACGAACAAUUUAAACAAUUACUAUUAUACGUUAGCGGAGAAGGAGGUACUGGUAAAAGUUUCUUAAUUAAAACAAUUAAAUGCUGGAUAAAACAAAAUCUCCACAAAGAUACUGCUGUAACAGCACCUACUGGUAUAGCGGCGUUUAAUAUCGAUGCUUUAACAAAUCACAGGCAAUGGCAGUUACCUGUUGAACAUGGUGAUCAGUCUCCUAAGUAUACACUAUUAUCUGAUCACGUUUUGAAAGUUUUACGAGCAGAUCUUAAAGAUGUUAGUCUUAUUAUAAUUGAUGAAAUAUCAAUGAUAUCUAAUUUAACUUUCAUGUAUAUACAUUUACGACUAUGUCAAAUAUUUGAUACCAUGGAUGACGAUUUCUUUGGUGGAAAGCAUGUUCUUUUAUUUGGAGAUCUGCUUCAAUUACCUCCUGUACGUGAAAAUUUUAUCUUUGUUCCACUAUCAAAAGCAGAAUUUAAUAAAUAUAUUGGCAGUGUGGGGACUACUCCUGAGGAAUGGUUGUGGCAAAAAUUUCAAUAUGAUGAAUUGACGAUCAAUAUGCGUCAGCAAGGAGAUACAGCUUAUCGUGAAUUACUCUCGAGAGUUCGUAUUGGUAUAUUGACAACUUCUGAUUCUGAGAUUCUCGAGAAAAGAAGAAUAUCAUUGAAAGGUCAGUCUUUCGAUGAAAGAUUAUACGAAUUGUGUAAUUAUCUUGAUAAUUUGCCGCCUAACACUGUUUGUUUACUGCCUACUCGUUAUUUGUGCGAUGUUCUUAACACUGCAAUGCUAAGUCGUAUUGCUUCGAAAGAAAUAUUAUUAAUUGCUCAAGAUACGCUUGACUGUGAUAAUUAUAUUAAACGAAAGGUACAGAAGCGAUUGACGGAUAAUGAAAUGACGGACGAUGAUACCAAUACAGCUGGGCUUUUGAAACAAAUUACAAUUAAAAUUGGAGCGAAAGUUAUGAUAAGACGCAAUAUUGAUGUCACUUUGGGCCUGGUAAAUGGUACAAUUGCUACAGUUAUUUCUGUUGUGCGGGAUAUAUCUACUGAUUGUGUAGAAAAGAUUAAACUUCUUUUACUGUCUGGUUUGGAGUAUUGUAUUGAAAGAGUAAGUGUCAAGUUUAAAGUAAUGGAGAAAGCAUAUGUUAUCAGAAAACAAUUUCCCAUAACUCUCAGUUAUGGCAUAACCAUUCAUAAAAGUCAAGGAUUAACCUUGCAAAACGCUGUUAUGGAUAUAGGUAAUUCUAUAUUUAGUUGUGCUCAGUCAUAUGUUGCGUUAUCGCGACUACCGUCUUUGGAUGGAUUGCAUUUAAUUAACUUUGAUCCUUCAGCUGUAAAAGUAAGUGAAAGAGCUAUUAGCGAAUAUAAUCGACUAAUACGAACAUUUCUACCGCAAGCACAAACGAUUCCUAUUUCGAAAAAACGUUUUCGAAAAGUAAAAGAUGUUCCGUGGACAUUGUCGAAAAUAAUCAAUGCCGGUCAAGAGUCAGAUCAACAAGUUGGAAAAAGUACUGUUGAGCCGAUACCUGUUUUGCAAAAUGAAGAUGGAGUUUCAUGCUACGCAAAUUCAGUAAUCCAAUGUUUCUUGCAGUCAAGUAUUAUUAGGAAAGUGUUGUUUAAAGUUGAUAAAGAUGAUUUAAGUAUAUUAGCGCAUAAAUAUGACAAACGAUUACCUAAUUUGAAUGCUGAUGCGAUACGGACAGAUUUAGGAGAGCGCUUUACGAGUCGUGGUGAUGAAAAACCAGCAAAACGAGACGCUCUUGAAUUUUUUAUUGCCAUUUGCACAAAAUAUAAUUACAUAAGAAAUUUGGUCGGGCAUCAAGUUACUCGUACUACUAAGUGCAUUAGCAACUCAUGUGGUUAUACGACAAAAGAUAAUAUUACUGAUAACAUAGAUAAUAAAUUAGUGAAAAUACCACAGACAUUUAAUUUAACUGGCAUAUCAACAACUAAGAUAUCGAUAGCUAAACAGCAGUAUAAAGUAAUGAAUACUAUAUUUCAUCAGGGUACAUCUAUUGAAGAUGGUCAUUAUACAA